GGUUUCCUCUUCCGGUCCGGCGGCUGAGGAAACUGUAAAAGCUAUGCUGAGGACGCGGCGCGGAGCUUGAUUCACCUUCAUCUGCUCGGAGCGGCGGCUGACCCCGGGCUUCCACCCGGUGAGCCGUCAGACAUGAACGGACGGGUGGAUUAUUCAGUUACGGAGGAAGAGAUCAACCUGACGAGAGGACCCUCGGGGCUGGGCUUCAACAUCGUCGGUGGGACAGAUCAACAGUAUGUUUCCAACGACAGUGGCAUCUACGUCAGCCGCAUCAAAGAGGAUGGGGCUGCAGCCCGGGAUGGGCGGCUCCAGGAGGGUGAUAAGAUCCUCUCGGUAAAUGGCCAAGACCUAAAGAACCUGCUACACCAGGAUGCUGUAGACCUCUUUCGUAAUGCAGGAUAUGCUGUGUCCCUGAGAGUACAACAUAGGUUGCUGGUUGUAGGAGGUUCUUUUGGUCUUCGCGAAUUUUCACAAAUUCGUUAUGAUGCUGUGAAGAUUAAGGUUGAUCCUGAAUUGGAAAAAAAAUUGAAAGAGAAUAAAAUAACUUUAGAGUCAGAAUAUGAGAAAAUAAAGAACUCCACUUUUGAAGACUGGAAGAAUAUUCGAGGACCAAGGCCUUGGGAAGAUCCUGAACUCCUCCAAGGACGAAACCCAGAGACUCUUAAGUCUAAGGCAACCUGACUGUGCUUAGUUUUUCAAUAAAAUAUUCUCAAUGGGCCUGUACUGCGCUAUGAAGAAGAUUCCAGACCUGUGUAAACCUGGAUGUGAGUAAUGCGAUGGCAGAAAAUUUGGAUUAGAAAGUCAAGUGUAAGUCUUUAUGCUUUCCAGUCAGUCUGCCUGCAAAUGAAAGUAGCAGUGUUGAACACACAUCAGUAAAAAUGUGACUACUGCUGGCAUAACACGCCAUGCAUCCUCUUUUUCUAUAAGCCACUAGUACAGUUUGCUACCUCGUUUUGCUUUCUGAUGAAAAUUAUAGGCUUGGAUCCAAACUUUCCAAAUAAGAUUGUGACUUCAUAUUAAACAUAUAAACGAGCAAUCAUAAUCUAAUAAUGGUCUUGUCUUUUAUUCCUAAUAACUCAUAAACCAGCCUUGAAACCGUUGAACUCAUUAAGCCAAUUAUAUAAAU